AUGCCGGAAAAGAAGAUUGGCUAUCUUUCGUUGAAAACCAAAUCGUUUGUAGGUUUUCUACUUUAUACUGGCACUUUUUGCCCCUACAUUAUAAAAAACCUAUUGGGUUUGAUACACUUCAUUCUCUCACUAUCUUUUUGGGUAAACCACCUUAUCCUCCUUAUCAAAGAAAAUAGAGAUGACUAUAUUUUCAUUUUAUUUUCUGCAUUAUGCAGCUUGCAGCGACGAAUCAAUCCUCUUGAGCUUGACAAUGAGGCACUUGCUUUUAAGCCUGUUUUGGGUCCCAUGCUUGCAAGAAUAUACCACAACCCUCAAAACAAGGAAGAAAAUCAAUCUCGGCUACAAAAAAUUUUGCAGUUUUGGGGUACAAAGGAAGUUUACGAUCAGGAUACUAUCCGUGCACUUGAAAAUGAGAUGAUAGGUGGGCAGCCUGCAAAUUUUUCUGCUCCUCCAAGGGAAUUAAUCAUGGCAGAUCUUUCUGCUGGAGCAGGAUUAAUGGCAGCAAACCAGGGUACUUUACAGUGGAAGCCUGACCAGCAAAGUUUCGCAAAUUUAGCUGAUCAAGGCAAACAAGUUCCUCCUAUACCAUCUGUAGCACCACAGCAAUUUCAUCCUGGUGCAGUUCCGCCUACUGGAUUUCCCGGGUCAAUGCCUGUACCAUCUUCUGUUCCACCAGCAAACCUACAACCUGCAGCUCAUCUGACACCAGCAUCAACUGCAAAUGUAGGUGCAAAACUACCUCCGUACCCCUUGUUCCCUCCUGGUCUUAUUCCUGGUAUGGUCAGGAAGAUGCAGAUUGGUAGUGGGGUGCCUUACUCUCCCAUGAGCCCCUUGGAUAUCCCCACCAUUGUACCUCCGUCCACUGUAUCAGAAUCUGAAAUUCUUGAAAGAGUGUCUAAAUUUUUUAAAGAGAUUGGAGAAGUUAAUCCAUCAGAAGGACCUGUUAAACAAUCUGAUUCAGCCAAUGAUUAUGAUGACUAUGAGAGAGAGCCUCCUGUUCGCAAAGGAGGGGCUUGUAUUCCUCCACCUCCUAACCUUCAAGUCGACCCUGAAACCGGGACUUAUGCUGAUGGAAGUGUGGUGCAGAAACCUGGAUCGAAUAGCUCAGGGCGAUUAGGACUUGGAGCCACAGCUGAUCCAAACGAGCGUAGUCAAUAUGAUGAUGUUUACACUUCUUACAGGAAAGAGAGAAGCACCAAUUAUCAUUCAUCAAUGAGCGUAAGAACUGCUGCGAGGUAAUUGAGUCGAUAAUGUUGACUAUUCCUGGAAGGAGUUUAAAGCUUUCAUGGCAAAAAUUUUGCCCUUUGAGCUACAGUUGAGUGGACAGAAGUUGUGUGUCUUUUAAGUUGUAAAUUAUGAUGAAUAUUGAUCCGACACUGCAACAUGUAACGAAACGAGCUAGCUCUACGCCUCUACCCCUAUCUUUCUUCACUGAGCAGCUAGUUAGCUGUGUUAUUUGAUCUUUCAUAUGUUUUUCUUCCAUUUCGUCCUAUUUUUCUGGGAAUGACGAUGCUACCGAUAUUUUUGGCAGAGAUGUUUUACUGGGAUGUUUGUCA